CCUACGUAUUCAAGCUCCCGAAAGGUGGCCAGUGUGGCAUGGAUGGGUCGAUGUAAAGAAGUCCUUUGCCAGUUUUGCCGGCGGAGUUGAAAUAGUGAAGACACGCGAAACCCCCUAUCAUUGCAAAAUAAUUUCAUACUUGAACUCUACACAAUGGGGUCCUCUAAAAAGCAUAGAGAAAGGGAACAUAGACACAAACACAAACACAGGUCUAGGUCACGGUCUCUGUCAAGGUCACGUGACACAGAACGGAAGCGGCGUAAAGAGGAGGAAAAGCGAAAACGAAAAGAGCUAGAAAACUAUCCUGAUAUAAGAAUUGCAUCUUCUUCAGUUAAGCAGGAGCCAAAGGAUGGUGCAGGAUCAUCAAUGGGGGUUUCUGCUGGUGGCGGUGAUGACUUAUCUUUGACAAUAGAAGAAACGAACAAACUUCGUGCCAAAUUAGGUCUCAAACCUUUGGAGAUUCCAGAUUAUUCAACCUCCAGUCAAAAAAAGAAGGAUAAACCUGAAGAUGAAGAUUUCCAUGCUCCACCAGUCAACCUUGGUGAGCUGAAGAAAACUGAGGCAAUGAAGGAAAAAUUGGCAGCAAUUAGGGAAAAGCGAAAAAUUAAUCAGAAACUUGGGAAAAUAAAAACACUUGGGCAGUCUGAAUCAGACGAUGACGAUAGUGCGCGAGCAUGGGUCAAGAGGAACCGUAAAGUAGAGGAAGAGAAAGCUUUGGCUGAUAAAAGGGCAAAGGUUUUGGAAGAAAUGGACGCAGAAUUUGGCAUUGGUGGGCUGAUAGAUGAAGAGUUCAAGGACACUGAGAAAACGUAUACUUCCAAAGAUCUGGAUGGUCUUAAAGUUGAACACUCCCAGGAGCGCUUCAAGGAAGGGAAAACUGUUAUUCUUACUUUGAAAGAUCAAGGUAUCCUAGAUGAUGGGGAUGAAACAUUGGUGAAUUACAAUAUCAUUGAUGAUGAAAAGGCAGCUAAAAAUGUUGAGAAUAAGAAGCGUCGCCCAGAUUAUCAACCGUUGGAUGAGGGAAAUGUGAACGAGUUUGGGAUGUUCCAACAAUCCAAUGUCUUACAGAAGUAUGAUGAGGAGAUUGAAGGGGAAAAGUCAAGCAGAUUCCAAUUGGGGUCUGGAGGGAAGUACAGCGCUUUAAAGGAUCGGCAACUAGAAAGAAUUCGUGAGGAUCUUAAGGCACAGGGGCAAUCUCUUCAGAGUGGAGGACUCGCUGUAACCAGUGAAUAUUUCACUGCAGAGGAAAUGGAGGCUGCCUCAUUUAAAAAGGUGAAGAAGAAGGUGAGAAAGAUCCGUAAAAAACCAAAGAUGUUAAAAGCAGAGGAUUUGCUUCCCUUAGGACUGGAUGGCACGGAUCAUGGUGCAAGGAAUACAGACAGAAGAAUUCGCGAGCGAGAAGAAGACUUACCACAGAUCCCUGGACUGGGUGAUUUUGAAGCAAUGAAUGUGGAAAAGCCUCUGGUUGACGAUGAGGAAGAUGUUCUUGGUCCAGAUGAAGAUUUGUCAAAUGUGCGGGUAGAAGAGGAUGAAGCAGGUCUUGAACUACACUUGGCCCUCAACAAAACCAGGAAGUUAAAGCAGAUGAAGGACUUGAGUGUCCCUGAGCAGAUUGCCAAGAAAAUCCGUGUAGAGAAAACGAUAGAAGAUUCUGAAGAAAUGGAAGAUGCCCAGAACAUCAUCUUAAAUGAUACGUCUGAGUUCUGUCGAUCACUUGGUGAUAUACCAACGUACGGUUUGGCAGGAAACAGGGAUGAGGAAAGGGAUGAAUUAUUGGAUUUUGAACUUGAGCUGAUGCAUGAAAGAAAACGUCGAGAGGCUGAGGAGGAGAUCCAGAGUGGAUGGGCAGCAGUGGAGAUUGAUGAUCGGCCAGUCAAUAUACAGGAAGAAGAGCCACCAGUUCUAGAAGAAGAACCAGCUCUGACAUCUGGUUUAAUUGGGGCACUGACUGUGGCAAAAAAGAAAGGUUACUUGAACCCAGAGACAAAGAAGAAUGCGGUGGCAAAUAAGAACACAGACUUGGCAGCCCAGAACUAUUCUAUAGAAGAUAAGAGAUAUGAUGAUCUUGAUGAGAAGUUUCGGAAGAGAGAUCGUUGGGGUGGUGGCGGAAUGGUGUCCGACUUUAAAGAAAAGGACAGUUAUCGACCAGAUGUCAAGUUGGAGUAUGUGGAUGAGUCUGGCCGGAAUCUCAGUGCCAAAGAAGCAUUCAAGCAGCUUUCAUAUCGUUUUCAUGGCAAGGGAUCAGGGAAAAAGAAGACAGAGAAAAUGAUGAAUAAGCUAAGGGAGGAGCAGUUGAUGAAGCAAAUGAGUUCUACGGAUACUCCUCUUGGUACUGUUGCCAUGCUACAGGAGAAACAAAGGCAGGAGAAGAUGCCAUAUCUUGUACUGAGUGGCGGAGGAAAAACAAUGACAUCGUUGACCAAGUGAUUGUGACACCACUAACAUCACAUAUACUGGGGAUUUCUCCGUGAGCAGUGAUCAGUCCUUACAAGAUCAAGAUAUAGGACUUGUAUUGUAAUAAUAGAAGUGUCUGAAUUUGAGACCUUUCAUUCUCCAAGCAAAUCAAAUGAGAUUCUCUCUGCCAAUACUGGCUACCAGUUACACAAUUUAAUUAUAGUUGGUCUAAAUAAUUCAAGUUUAUUAUACAUGUCAAACAUUUCUGUGGGAAUAAAGAGUACAUCAAGUGUCCAAAACACUUCAUAAUCAAAUAAAAACCACAGUGAAAUCCUAAGUCUUCAACAGAGAAAUAUGGCUUUUCCUGUCCGAUUGGGAAAAUCAAUAUCUUUUUGAGGUUUGGUGAUAACAGCCAAUAGAACGAAAGUAGGACAAGGUUAAAUCAUUUGCAUCAUUUAUGUUAUUAAUGCAACUGGCUCAGCCAGCUGCAGAUUCUGUGGGUCUUUCCCAUUUGAGAUGUUUGGGGAAUUCCCAUUCCUUGCUACACCCUAGAAUACAAGUACUGGCUAAUAUCUUCCAUUGUAUAAUUUUGGUGGCUUGCUCAUACUGACCUCAUCUCUCAAAAUAAAUUGCUGUCACCUGCCAAUUUGUCGUUUCCUGGGUUUUGUGGUAGCAAGGAAGCCCAGGAGGGCGAGUUGACCAGUAAAAAAAAUUGUUUUUUUUAAAAGCCUCCCCACCAUACCAGCCUCCUACCGGAGGAAAGGACGAUCACCAUUUUUUUUUAAGUGCCCUAAUAUAUGUUUAGAAAAUUAAUGAAUACCUGCUUGUCUGACAGAAGUGCUUUUCAAGCAAUUAUUGACCCCUUAAGUAUGUUCUGAUGUGAUUAUAUAUCAAACCUAAGUCAACUAAUCCUUUGUAAACGGCCAACCUUAUUGCUCUCUUUGGAAAUCAUUAGUAGUAGUACUGAUCAAUGUAUAACAUGAGUGCAUUUACGGAAGAAAUAUAGUGCAAAUAAAAAUCUCCAAAUUUGUUAUUUUUAAA